AUGUCCACUUCCGAACAGGAAAGAAAGCUUGUGGUGUUUUUAUUUAAACAAAUCAUGAAAACAUGUCGAACGUUUGACCAGUAUCCUCUCUUGAAGACUUCUUUGAUUAAUCCAUCUUAUACAAAAUCCGAUUCCAUCAUGACAAGAGGCUGGGCAUAUACAAAAGUAGGAAAAGAAGUCAUUGAAAAGAUUUACGGGAAAUAUUCUGGCUUAAUGUACGUCCCGAGAUGGAACAGUGCAACACUUCAUGAAACAUCCAAGUUUACUGAUAUUUGUAAACAAACAUUUCGAAAUCCAAAGUUUGUUGAAGAUGAAAAAACGAGAAAGGAAGGAUUCGAAGUUGGUUUCGGAAUAUUGAGUGAAUUUAAUUCUCAUUUAGAAAGAGUCAAAACAAUGGAAAAGAAAGAAAUGAUUGAACUAAGAAAAUUAUCACCCAAUAUUCAGGUUCCAAUUAAGGUAUUGGACGAGGAAAUGACUGAAACUGAAUCGGAUGUGUUUAGAACAGCAAGUGAUUCCAUGGCUGACAUGAAGGACGAUGAACGGCUGCAAAAAUUCUCAAGUCAGACACACAACCAAGACAAACUCGAUGGAAGUGACAUGUAUUUGGUAUUGACAGAGAAACCACGAAAAAAUCAUCUUUUAGUAGCUCAUCCUCUGCUGGAGGAUACACGGUUUGAAAGAACUGUUGUGCGUAUGGACAAUGACAAACAAACACUCGGAUAUAUUAUUGGCAAACUAACUUUUGAAUCAGAACAAGACGAGGAAGACAACAAUGACAAUGAAGAAAAUAUUGCUAAGUUGAUGGGAGAGGACUCUCUGGACAAAGAAUCAAGUAGAGACACAGAUCAUGUUAUGGACGCCUACAAACAGUUUUCCAAAAUGUUUGCUCAAGAUGCGAUUGAAAAUGAACCAGAACGAAUAGGUAAAUGGUAUGAAGGACAGCUGGAAAAUGAAAUUAGGGAUGGAAAAUGGAUUGUUGUUGAAGCAGAUAUGGAAAGCAUAUUACCCUUUGGUGCAGAAACUCCCUAUUACCAGGUUUGGGAAUACAUUGUGAAAAGAUUAUCUGGUGAAUAUCUGUCAUGGCUUGAUUACUUUUCACACAAGCAACCAACACCUUUGAAACGUCCUAAUACUUUUCCAAACGUGAGAAUUAUUGUACUCUAA